AUUUGACUGGAUUGCUGCUUUGCUUUGUAUCUCUCUAUCGGCGUCUCUCUCUCUCUAAAACCCACCUCCCUGCAUAUCCCUACCCCCCUCCCACUCCAUCUCCGUCCAGCCCAGUCUGAGUCUGGUCGACACUGUGGCUGGGAGUACGUGUGCAGCUGCAGACGUUUCCGUGCCGGAGUGAAGGUGUGGAUCACAUUGCAAAGACACAGGGGAGGAAAGGGGGGGGGGAGCAUUCUUCUUCUGGUGGACAAAGUUGGAUGGAGCAUUGAGAUAGAAAAGUUAAAAACCACAAACCGAAUAAGUGUGCGGUUGGAAGAGCAGCAGGUAUGAAAAGCCAGACGGCGGUUGUGACUGUGGCUCUGCUGGCCCUGUGCUGCCUGCUGAUCCCCAGAGGAGGGGAGAGCGCUGGGGGGAUCGUUUCUCUCCGGCGGACUGAACGGGAGAAGCAGGCAGAGGAUCGUCUGCAAGGCGACUCCCUGGAUAACCCAGAAAGUGAGAAAGAACUCGCAGUGGACCCCCACCCACUGGGGAGCAGCAACAAGGACAAGAGGGACGCAGAGGAGGCGGCUCGGGUUGGGUUUUCAAGCAGAGUGAGGAGAGCACCGGAGGAAGGCAAAAAGAAGAAGAAAGACAAGAAGAAGAACAAAGAGCCAAAGGACCCCAAUGCCACCAAAAAGCCUAAAACUGACAGGAAGGGAAAGAAGAAGGGCAAGAAGAUAACCACAACUCUACCACCGACCACAACUCCACCACCGACCACAACAGAGAUCCCCACUGAACCCCCCACUGAACCUGAGGUGGACACGGACUACCCCUAUCCUGAUGCUGACGAUUAUGACUUGAAAUCGGACGAUGACUACUGGGAGGAAGAGCCCACACCAGCCAGUCCUCAGCCCGAGACUACGGUCCCAGAUCUUCCAUACGACGACUGGAAGCCGGAGGAGGAAGACCCAACUGCCCCAGUGACAGACGCCUAUGAUGACUACUGGACACCAGAGGAGAAAGAGCCGUCCACUCCGGCGCCUGAUGCCUAUGAUGACUACUGGACACCAGAGGAGAAAGAGCCGUCCACUCCAGCGCCUGAUGCCUAUGAUGACUACUGGACACCAGAGGAGAAAGAUCCGUCCACUCCGGCGCCUGAUGCCUAUGAUGACUACUGGACACCAGAGGAGAAAGAGCCGUCCACUCCGGCGCCUGAUGCCUAUGAUGACGACUGGAAACCAGAGGAAAAGGAGCCGUCCACUCCGGCGCCUGAUGCCUAUGAUGACUACUGGACACCAGAGGAGAAAGAGCUGUCCACUCCAGCGCCUGAUGCCUAUGAUGACUACUGGACACCAGAGGAAAAGGAGCCGUCCACUCCAGCGCCUGAUGCCUACGAGGACUACUGGACCCCAGAAGACAAAGAACCAUACGCUCCCGUGACUGACAACUACGACAGCUACUGGGAAGAGGCGGACUCGACUCCCCCUGCCCCUGAGGUUGAUGGGAAGGCCGGGACAGAUGACACCGAUUACUGGGAGUCCACAUUUGAGGUGCCGGAGAACCUUCCAUUCCCCGAUGGUAAAGAGGUCAGCCCUGAAAUCAAAGUAGAAACUCUACCAGACGAACCCACUACCACUCCUCCCCAUGAGGGAACCUUUUAUGAUGAUUACGACGAAUAUGGAAUGAGGAAGAAAGAGGCCGAGGCGGACGACAAAUGGAUGGAAAAGGAGCGAGAGAGAGCAGCAAAAGAAAGAGCGAGGGAAGAGAAACAGAGAGCGCAGAAGCUGAAGGAGGCCGAGGAGCGGGCCAGGAACAGACCACGCAUCUUCAAAGCGCCAAAGAACUGUCCUCCCCUGGGGAUGGAGUCCCGUAAGAUCGAGCCAGACCAACUUUCAGCCUCCUCUGUGUCUCAGUAUAGUUUUGCACCUCAGAGGGCUCGCCUCAACAUGCAGGGCUCAGAUGAUGAAGACAACAUGAGAGGCGGAGCCUGGUGUGCAAACCCAGAAGACAAAACCCACUGGUUUGAGAUCGAUGCUCGCAGGGCGACGGAGUUCACAGGGGUCGUGACACAAGGACGCGACUCUUUGAACGAGAGCGACUUUGUGAAGUCCUACUUCCUGGCCUUCAGCAAUGACAGCAGAGAAUGGACCACCAUCCACGAUGGAUACACUGACUGGUUGUUCUUUGGAAACAGCGAUAAGGACACUCCAUUGAUGAACCAGCUGGCGGUGCCUGUGCUCGCCCGUUACAUGCGGAUCAUCCCUCAGAGCUGGAACGGCUCUCUGUGUAUGAGGCUGGAGGUCCUCGGUUGCCCCGUACCCGAUCCAGUGGAUGUUCAGUACAGGCAAAACGAAGUCACUCCAGUAGAUUACUUGGAGUUCAAACAUCACAGCUACUCAGACAUGGUUUCAUUCAUGAAGUCAGUGAAUGCGGAGUGUCCCAACAUCACCAAAAUCUACAGCCUGGGCCGCAGCUCCAAGGGACUGGAUAUCUUGGCCAUCGUCAUUUCUGGAAACCCCACAGAGCACGAAAUAGGCGAGCCAGAGUUUCGCUACACGGCAGGUCUCCAUGGUAAUGAGGCCUUGGGUCGGGAGAUGAUCCUGAUUCUGAUGCAGUACCUGUGCAAAGAGUACAAAGACAGAAACCCCAGAGUACAGCGGCUGGUGGAGGGAAUACGCAUCCACCUGGCGCCAUCGCUCAACCCUGACGGACAUGUGGAAGCUUUCGAAGUGGGAUCGGAGCUGAGUGGAUGGACCACUGGACACUUCACUGAGGACGGCUUUGACAUCUUCCAGAACUUCCCCGACCUGAACAGUAUCCUGUGGGAUGCUGAAGAUAAGGGCAUGGUGCCCAAACUCACCCCGAAUCACCACGUGCCCAUACCGGAGAACUUGGAGACCAACAGCUCGAUUGCUGUGGAAACCAAGGCCAUAAUCGCCUGGAUGAGAAACUAUCCAUUUGUGUUAGGUGCAAACUUCCAGGGUGGAGAGGCGAUCGUAGCCUACCCUUUUGACAGCUUCCGCCUCAACAAGCCUGCCGAGAGCCAGAAACCCCACAGCCGCAAGAAGAGACAGUAUGAAGAAGUUGACGUAACAGAGUGGGGGAGGGGCUACCGCGAGGAGCCGGAGGAAGACCGAGGAAGAGGAUAUGCAGAGCCAGAAGAGGAGAGAAGGGGCCAGGGGUACGACCAAGGUUACGACCGUGGCUAUGACCAGAACCCAGGUUACGACCGUGGCUAUGACCAGAACCCAGGUUACGACCGUGACGACCGUGGCUAUGACCAGAACCCAGGUUACGACCGUGGCUAUGACCAGAACCCAGGUUACGACCGUGGCUAUGACCAGAACCAAGGUUACGACCGUGGCUAUGACCAGAACCAAGGUUACGACCGUGGCUAUGACCAGAACCAAGGUUACGACCGUGGCUAUGACCAGAACCAAGGUUACGAACGUGGCUAUGACCAGAACCAAGGUUACGACCAUGAACACAGCCACGGGCAUGGCCAUAGAGAGGAAGAAGAGGAUGAUAGAGGAAGAAGCGACAGCCGGCAGUACUCUGAGCCCGAGGAUGAGCCUCGGGUGAUCGCAGACGAGUCCCUCUUCAGGUGGCUGGCUGUCUCUUACGCCUCCACACACCUGACCAUGACACGCGAAGUGUACGGCUCUUGCCACGGAGACACCGUAGGAGGGCUGCAUGGCAUCGUCAACCGAGGCAAAUGGAAGCCAAUCACAGGGAGUAUGAAUGACUUCAGCUACCUGCACACCAACAGUUUUGAGUUGUCCAUAUUCCUGGGAUGUGAUAAGUUCCCCCAUCAGAGUGAAUUGGCCAAUGAGUGGGAGAAGAACAAAGAAGCGAUCCUCAUCUUCAUGGAGCAGGUGCAUCGAGGCAUCAGAGGCAUUGUGAAGGAUCAGCAGGGGAACAGCAUUGCAAAUGCCACCGUGUCUGUAGAGGGGAUAAACCAUGAUGUCACGACAGCAUUAACAGGGGACUAUUGGCGGCUGCUUAACCCGGGAGAGUACCGCGUGACAGCUCGAGCUGAGGGCUACUCCCCUGUGACCAAACUCUGUGUGGUGGGUUACCAGUCAGGAGCCACCACCUGCAGCUUCAACCUGGCCAAGUCCAACUGGGACCGCAUUAAACAGAUCAUGGCCCUCAAUGGCAACAAGCCAAUUCGACUGAGCUAUCGCAACAACAGAGCACGGAACCCCGCAGUUGCUAAUGGCAACAGGCGUGUGGUCGGUGGCAACAAUUCACGAGUCGGCACUGAACAACAGAGGAGGCUCAAGAUAGCUCGUCUCCGUCGCCUUCGGAGACAGAGAUUACUGAAGUUAAGAUCAACGACGACGUUACCCCCGACGACCACAAUCCCCACAACGCCAGAGACCACCACAUCCUGGUACGACUCGUGGGUCAUCGGGGAGGGACAGACGUCCACGCCAGGCGGAUUCACAGACUCCAUCCUGGAUUAUAACUACGAGUACAAGAUUGAUGACUAUUAAUCUGAACCCACACACAGCCCGAUGAAGCACGCGGUCCUUUCCUAGAGGUAGUUCUCGUUGCCUUGUUGUCCUCUGAGGAAUCCUGUCUUUGUAGGAUACGCAAGCAAUGGGAACGUAGAGUAUUAACUUCAUAGUUGUAUAAAGAUUGUGUAUCUAUUACAUGACAAAAUGCCUUUCCACAGAAUGUUACCCCGUUAAUAAUAAUAGUAUUUCCGUUUGACGGGAUCAUGCUGCAUUUUUCUGAUGGUUAUUCAGUCUUUUUGCUUCCUGAAAAGUUGUUUAUUGUAGAUUAACAUUUUUUAAAAAUCAUGAUUUUUUUUUUUUUUUUUACUUCACCAUGGCAGAAACAUUUUUUACAGUAUGAACAGUCACUGAAAGUAAAAAAAAAAACAUUUGUUCAAACUUGAUUGAGUCAGAGGAGGCUCAAAUAAAGGCUUGUUAACACACAA